GGCUGUGUGUCAGAUACUCUUAGCACAGAUGUAUCUCCUCAGAAAAUCAUAUAAAGAGGUCAAAUAUUGAUAGAGAUGGUGUCCGAACGCGUAUUUAGGCUAAUAUGUAGGACAUAUAUAAACCAACAGUAGUGUAAUGUGGAAAAUUACACCGCUGAAGGGGCGUGGAAAGUUACUGGCCUUAAAACGUCAUCGAAAUUUUAUCCAAUGGGGGCUCCGUUAUGCAAAUUACAGAUUCUUCUAGGAAGUGGGAUGUCUGCGCUGCAGUCGCUACUUCAGCUAUCUUCGGCUCUGUGAGGGCGAGCUGGACAUCAGGCUGUCAUGCUUUUACAGACACGUUAAACAAAAGAAAACCUGCGUACAUAAAUAAGGCUUGCCGCUUUUAAGAAGCAAGCAACUGACCCACAGUUUUCCUGCUGAGGACCACAUCACUGUGACUUCACAUUUCUUUGGACCUUUUGGAACGAGUUUUCAUUGGAGGCGAACUUGAACGUAAAAUAAUAAUCAUGAGCGCCCACGAAUCCGACGUGCACACCAUCUCUCCUGAGAUGCCAGCAAUGUUUGACGGCAUGAAGCUGGCGGCGGUGGCCACGGUGCUUUACAUCAUUGUCCGCUGCUUGAACCUCAAGAGCCCCACAGCACCCCCGGACCUCAUCUACCAGGACACUGCUCUCAACCGCUUCCUCCUCAAGUCCUGCUCUCAGUUGACCAAAGAGUACAUUCCUCCAUUACUGUGGGGUAAGAGUGGUCACCUCCAGACGGCACUGUAUGGUAAACUCGGUCGGGUGAGCUCACCUCACCCUUGUGGAAUCAGAAAAUAUUUGCCCAUGCAGGAUGGGGCGACUGCGACCUUCGACCUCUUCGAGCCGCUGGGGGAUCAUCGGACAGGAGAUGACAUCACCAUGGUGAUAUGCCCCGGUAUCGGUAACCAUAGUGAGAAGCACUACAUCCGGACCUUUGUGGAUUAUGCACAGAAGGAUGGUUAUCGUUGUGCUGUGCUGAAUCACCUGGGAGCUCUUCCCAACAUCGAGCUUACCUCUCCACGCAUGUUCACUUAUGGAUGCACAUGGGAAUUUGCAUCCAUGGUUGGCUACAUUAAGCGGGCAUACCCUAACACCCAGCUCAUUGUUGUGGGCUUCAGUCUGGGUGGAAACAUCGUUUGUAAGUUCCUGGGGGAGAACAGGGCUAACCAGGAGCGAGUGCUGUGCUGCGUCAGCGUUUGUCAGGGGUACAGCGCGCUGAGGGCCCAGGAAACAUUCCUGCAGUGGGAUCAGUUCAGGCGCUUCUAUAACUUUCUCAUGGCCGACAACAUGAAGAAAAUCAUUCUCUCACACAGGCACAGUCUGUUUGGAGGACAUUCGCUCAAAAUGAUUGAUGCUGAUCUAAGUCGGCUGUACACAGCAACGUCUCUCAUGCAGAUUGACGACAACAUCAUGAGAAAAUUCCACGGCCACCGCUCUCUCAAAGAGUACUAUGAGAAAGAGAGUUGUGUACAUUAUAUUCACAAUGUCGAUGUGCCACUGCUGUUGGUGAACUCUGCAGAUGAUCCUCUGGUUCAUGACUCACUGCUCACCAUCCCUCGCACGCUAGCAGCAAAGAAGCCGAAUGUGAUCUUUGCCCUGACACUUCACGGAGGCCACCUGGGCUUCUUUGAGGGUGCAGUCCUCUUCCCCCAGCCUCUCACCUGGAUGGACAAAGUGAUCGUGGGUUACGCCAAUGCCAUUUGUCAGUGGGAGAAACAGAAACCACCAUGCCAAAGUGACCACCUGAGUGAGGGCUCCUGCUUAAAGGAGAAAGCAUAAACCUCUGUAUCUCUCAUUUGUUCAUUAACCUUUCACUUUCUCCAACACCACUAUCCCCACACUGCACUGAGGAGACACUCUAAACUGAUAUCUCUUCUCUGCCUUCUCCUCCUGUGCGACUCACCAGUACCAACCCACCUUUCCCGGUCCUCCUUUGUAAUCACAAUCACCUUACAGUUUGUGACAAAAUGAACUAACUGCCUUCGUGCUCUUUUCCAUGUCGAGGACUCGGAGCAGGGACAUUUUGGUUCUUUACAUCUACACAGUAAUGACGCCUGGCUAAGUGAUUCUUUUUGGCCGAAAGUGGCAGACGAUGAAGUCAAGCUGUCAUUUUAAAGGAAAACAAGAGCACCACAUUAGAGUAGUCGGGUGAGAAACAAGAGCACACAGGAAGCCUCGUAUUACAUCGAAGAAGAACUGUAAGAAGCUCACUGCUUAUCACCGCCAAGGCCAUAUAGCCUAGUCUGCUGUCUUAACAAACGUUACCCGUUUUGUGUGUGCGUGCGUGUGUGAGUAUGUCUGUGUGAGACUGUGUAGGCCAAGAGGGAAAGACCCAGGAUGGUGGUCUUUGUGUGAGGUUGGUCUGAUUUAAAUUCUCUGUUCUUAGUCCUUGGCCAUUAUGUCUCCUCCUCUGGGUGCGUUGCUGUUUGUAGUAAAUGUACUGUAGAUUAUUAAGUAUUAAGGUAGGAUUGUACACAUUGUUUCCAGCUCGUAACAUCAUCCUGCACAUAGUUUUGGCACUCAAAGUUUUCGGUGCUUACCAGACGUGACCAGGGAUCGAGCCCCACCCUCAGAUGGGAUCCAUGUACAUUCCCACAGUUGCAUUCUGUCACUUUGAUUCCAGCACUUUACAUACUGUACACCACAAUAUUUUAGCCCUUUCCUCAUUUUAUUUGUCAAAGUGCAGAUAUGGAAACUAUUAACGGAGGGGGCGAGGAUGAUAACGAAACGUUAGAUGAAUCAGAUGUUCCCCACGUUGUCUGUCUGUCAGUGUCUUUGAGCCCUCCUUACUCUUCCUGUUGCCUUUGAUCAGCUGCAGGUUCAGCCAAGUCUCUGAUAUCCAUCUCUUACUGCACACACAACAGUCCUACUGCCACUGCACUGAGGCUAACAUUCAACCCACCUGGUUUGGUGCGAACAUCUUAGUACAGCUUCUCCAUUUUCCAGCAGAUGAUGUGGUUCUUUUGAAAUGUUGAAAAUCUAGCCUUCUGAUUGGCCAGCAUGGUGCUACAAAAGGGAAAGUUCAGCAGAUGUGAAGCAGAUUUUUCAUUUGUAAUAAUCUGAGCUGUGAGGUUUGAUGAGUAGGAGGGCUGAAGAUACCAAAGCUCAACUGCUAUUUAUUUUAGUGGCUUGUUCGUAAAAUUCUGAUGUUUGUUUAACUGUAAUUUAGAUGGAGAAUGCUGCAUGCAAGAAAGAAGAUGGCUUUUAACCGUAGGGAAUAUUUUUUUAUUUCAAAGACUUUGCCGAAAAUCUCAGUUCCUGUUUUGUUGACUGCACUGAGAAUAAAGGGUGUUGCUGCACAAACUGCUGAAAAAAUGAUCGCAAACAUCUCUUGUUGAAAUCAUACUGCAAGACUGGGACCUGUGGACUUUUCAAAUCCCGAUUUAAAUUCAAACCUUGUUGAAAGGGCUCCAAGGAAGCUUCUUCCAAGGCAAUGUAAAGCCAAGAAAUGUGUAAUCUAAAACCUACUUCUGAACACUGUGAUGAGACACACGGGUGGUUUGAAAUGAUUAAGUGACUGACAGCAGGGCAUUUUAUGAUUCUUCCUAGGCCGUGGUUUGUGUGUCGUAAUACCUGGUUGAUAGUAUUUGAUAAGUAGAAGUGUUUGAGUACUAGAAGGUUUGCCAUAUCAGGAUAUAACAGCACUGAAUGUCAAUCAAUAGAAGCUUGUAAAGUAAUAAUAAAUAUCAGAUAAUAAGAAUUGAGUAUUAUAGCUUAUAUAUGGAGUCCCAAGGUUUGUUCUUAGCUUUAGAAAUAGUUGCUUGGUUACCAGUAGUAGUAUUUAAAGUGCUGUAAUUGUGAAUCUGAUCUGUUGCUCUUUUUGCUCUAUGGAAAUUUUAUUAUCACAGUUAUUUUCUGAGGUAUAACUGCCUUAAACCUUUCUGAGCAAAUACUAUGACAUCCAGGUAUUAAUCUCACCAAUGCUGGCUUGGCUAAUGUGGGGAUAAAAGGGAACUCUUAUCCAACUUCAUCUCCUUUAACUCAGGGCAUCUGUCAACACCAAGCACCAGUCUGACACCAGUGAUCCCUUUUUUCUUUGUCAUUCGUCUCAUUGGAGUCGUUUUUAAUGUACUGUAAGAUAAAAUGAGACACGCUGUGGCAGGUGGUCAUCAGCCUGCCUUGUGAGUGGAAACACUCAGUUUUAUAACAGUAUUGGAAAUGAGGCUGCACUUGAUGUGAUUGGUGACAUAAUCGUGUUUGGUGUUUCAGUCGGCCUGCCAACACCCUCUUUCUUUUCGCGUCUAGCGGUCGUCAACCAGCAUUUGCUCAAACAACAAAUCACUGUUGCCAUCUGUUGUCAGGGAAACCUAACUACAACUGCCAGUCUUCGUGGCAAACAUCCUCUCAUCCACCCACAGUCAGAUUAUAGUAAAUGGUUCAUCUGUAGUCCACAGCUCUCAUUUAAAAAUACAUGUUUAGAGAAAAAAUAAAAUCAGGUGUGGUUUGGGUUUAUUCUGGCUCGAUUUCGAUGACACCAGCAAAAACCCAGUUUCUGCAGUACGAGCCAUGUGUUUUGGGUUGUUUUUGUUGUUGUUGUUGUUUUUGUUUUUUAGAAAAAAAUAUUUUUGCCUCUCCACAACUUUGCACAAAAAUGCAAGUUUGGAUGUAUUAUUUGGAUAUAUAUUUUUUUCUAGUUAAUUAUUUUGGGGGUAUUUUUUUAAUUUUAUUUUGUAUUGUUCUUAUGACUUCUUGUGUUAUCUGCUUGUGUAAAUGCAGCAGAGUGUGAGUGUGGAUAAGUAAACAUACAGCAGGUGUAUACUGUGUCAUAUCACCACCUCUGAUCCCCAAAAAUCCAAUAUUGUUCACUUUAACAACAAAAAUAAAAUAUCUAUGUAAAGAUGGUGUAUAUUAGAAGAUUUGAGGGACCAGGGAUGGAAAAAUAAAGGCAAUAACCAAACAGAAGGGAUUCUUUUAUUAUUUAAACACUAAUGUGACAAUAAAUAGUGUCAAAGUAUAUUAGACCAAAACAUGUCAUGCUCAUUGUAAUAAUUUUGUCAUGGAUCUGAAAUAUUAUUUUACUGUAUUGAUAAAAAAUUGUGUUCCUCUGUAUUUAUCCUAACCUCACUGCUUCAAACAUCAAGUUUAUGGGCUCAUAUUUAAUUGCUUGGAAACUAAACAACUCAAAUAUCUAGAGUAAAUUUAAAAUGUCCAAAAAACUUGGGAAGAAAAA